AUGAGGAAAAAGGAGUUUUUACCGAACUUCUCUUGUGAAUAUGAAACGACAGACGAAGGUGUGUUGAAGUGUAUUUUUUGGGCCGACGAGGAUAUGAAGAGAAAUUAUUAUAUGUUUGGGGACGUUAUAUCAUUUGAUGCUACCUACAAGCAUAACAAGUAUAACAUGAUGUUUGUCCCUUUCACUGGGAUUGAUAAUCAUAAUAGGAACGUGACACUUGGUGCUGCAAUUCUCGGUUCUGAAACGGCAGAGACGUAUAGCUGGUUACUUAGGGCGAUCAAGAACGCAUAUGGGUACGCGCCUCCUGUAAUCGUUACUGACCAGGACCCUGCGAUGAAAAAGGCUAUAGCGGAUGUUUGGCCUGAGUCGAGGCAUCGGUUAUGUAUGUGGCAUAUCAUGGAUAAACUCACUACUAAGGUCGGGGCUGCCCUAUGUUCAAAUACAGAUUUCAGGAAAAGAUUGUCUGCAGUUGUUUGGACUGAUUCUCUUUUGCCCGAAGCGUUUGAGGCUGAAUGGGCAGCUAUUAUUCAUGAUUUCGGUUUAACCGACCAUGAAUGGCUGACGUAUAUAUACGGGCUACGUGAAUCAUGGAUUCCAGCUUACUAUCGUGAAGAAGAAAUGUCUGGUCUUAUGCGGACAUCAUCUAGGUCCGAAAGCGAGAAUCACUUUUUUGGCAAGAUUAGCAACCCAAAGUGUACGUUGGUUGAAUUUCUUAGCCACUUCGAUACGACUAUUGAAGCGCAAAGGCUCGAGCAUCGGAAAAACGAUCAUGACACUCGAUACACCAACCCUGGAGAGUGGAGUGUUUUUGUUCUCGAGAAGCAAGCAGCUCAGAUAUAUACCAGAACUUUAUUUUUGGAUGUUCAACUCGAGAUUCAACAUGCUAUUCAUCGUUGUACUAGUGUCAGAUUAGAUCACGUCGGUGAUUUCAUUAAGUUUUUUAUAAAGGAUCUCGACCAGCCAUGUUCUUCGUUAUUCGAGGUUAUGAUACGCGAGGAAGAUGUUACUGUUAAGUGUAUCUGCAACAGGUUUGAGCAGUUUGGAUUGUUGUGUAGUCACAUUUUUUGCAUGUUACGGAUUCUUGAUAUAAGGGAGUUUCCGAAACAAUAUAUAUUGAGGCGUUGGACGCGUGAAUCUGUUCCAAAUAGUUCCCCCGGGUCCAUUCUUACGGAUGGUGGAGAUCCAGAUCGUAGUGAGGAGGUUAACCGUUGUGUUCGUGAGAUUAGUCACGCAGCUGAGUAUGUUGUGAACAAGUUGAUAUCAAAAUUUGAUAAGUUGUCUGAUUUUUGUGACCAUAUCAAGCAGUUUAUGUCAGUUGCUGAUGAAGCUCAAAUAAAUGCACCUCCCAAGACACGACGUAAUCGAUUUGCUGAACUGCUAGGAGUUGCUCAAGAGAGCACGGCCACUAUCCGUGUUCCAGUUGGUACCAGGUUCAAGGGUUGUGGGUCUCAUAAACGCCUUAAAUCUCAAAAGGAGCGAGCCAUAAGUCAGUCUGGGAGUAAACGUCGUCAAUGUUCAUUAUGUAAAAAAUACGGUCAUAACAGAGUAACGUGCUGGAAAUACACCGUGGGUGUGCCUGAGGCAGGUGCUUCGCGGAAUGCUGGAGGUAAUGAAGAUACAAUUCGCGAAGGAGAUGCUGCUUUGGUUGUUGAAGGUGAUGGUCCUGGUUCGAACGAUGAUGACGAUGUGUUUUACACAUCUGGAAACGAUGCAGAUAUGGAUGAUGAGGACAUGGCAGAGUAG